AAAAAAGAUUUUUUUUUUUUUUUUUUUUGGGAAAUUUCUUCGAAAAUUGAGGAAAUCAAUUCAUGGGGUCGAGCAAUAGUCAUCUGGGUUCAUCAAAAUCAUCGUCAUCUUCAAGAAAUUUGUCUCGUUCCAGAAUCAAUCGCGGGGUUUCAUCUCUGUUUUGUGGUAUUUUCACUUCAAAGUCAACUUUCCAGAAAUUGGAUAAUCUUCCGGAGAAAUCUCCUCGAAACUCCGUAGUAGAAUCUUCUCCAGCCUUCAUAGUAGAAUCCUCGUCUGAAAUAAGCACGACUGCCGUCGAGGAAUCUUUCCUCGACUCCGGUCUUGUAAAUGUCCAAACAAGCACAGAUAUUAUCGAACAACAACUCCCACACCAGCCUGUCCAAGAAUCGGUCGAUGCUAUUUCGGACGAUUUAAGGCCGCUUUCUAUUGUUUCCGAUGCUGAUGUGGCGGCAACAGCAACAACUUCUUCUACUGGUCCGCAAUUUCUCGUUUCUGAAAUCGACCAAGAUCUCCUUCAUCUUAAUUUGGUGACCAUCCCUUCGAAUUAUUUAUCGGGAAAUUCCGAAAUAAAUAUCCGAGAAUCGAGGAGGAACAAUAGGAGGUUGUUUUGGGAUGCUCUAUCGAGACGGAGCUUUAGAAGGCCUAGCGGUGGGCCCCCCACAAUUGUUUUCGCAGCUAGUAUUGCUGACGAUGUGGGCCCCAAUGAUAGAUGGCUUCUUGAUUUUAGUGGUGAUGUAAAUUACGAAGGAGCCACCGGUCGUGAUCUUGAUUCAUUCGGUGCUAGAUUUCGUCGGAGGAACGAAAGAAGAUUGCUAAUGAGAUCGGAGGUUUCGGAACGAAGUAUAGGUGACAUUAACGAGGGGGCCCCACAAACUGCAUUCUGUACGUCUGGACUGCAUUUGGACGGUACAUGUUCGUGUGACUCGUUCUUUACACCCGAAGAAUCGACCAGUCUUGCAAGUAUUUCACGAAUAAUCGUUCUUGCUGAGGCAUUAUUUGAGGUUUUGGAUGAAAUUCAGAAUCAGUCUUUGUCACUUUCACUAUCUACUCUAUCACUCCCUGCCCCAGAAUCUCUCGUCGAUUCAUUUCCUCUCAAAUAUCACAAAUCAUUAAAAAAAUCCGACGAUGAUUCUGCUGAUGCUCAACCGUGCUAUAUUUGUUUAUCGGAUUAUGAGGAAGGCGACAAAUUAAGAGUUCUGCCAUGCAAUCACGAAUAUCACGUUUCUUGCAUUGAUAAAUGGCUGAAGGAAGUAAAUAGGGUAUGUCCACUCUGCAGACACGAUGUUUGUGGGGCCGGUGGAGAAUGUUCCGGAACAAACGCAGACGUAUCGACACAAUAAUGGCAAAAAUGUAAAUAGAUGUUUAUAGUAAGUAAUAUAUACUCUACCAUGUUUACUUAUAAUUAUACCUUCUUUAAAAGAAAAAUGUGAUAUUUGCUGAAGUUUCUAUAUUUGUUUGUAGAAUAAUGUAAUACAUAAAUAACAAUAUUUACAAGUUCACUAAUGUGAACAUUGUUGAUGGAAAUUGUGAGAAAAGGUUGACUUGGAUUUAAUUA